CAAGGGUUUCGGGUCGAGAUUCCCGAGUUUGAUGGCGGCGUCGAUGGUUCGGAAUUUGUCGAUUGGUGGGCUGCGGUUGAGGCAACCCUCUCUUUUAAGGAGGUCCCGGAUGAGAGGCGUGUCGCUUUAGUGGCCACAUGUUUUCGAGGCCGUGCGGCAGUUUGGUGGAUGAAUGUGAGUAGCUUGCGGCAUCGUCAAGGGAAACAACCACUCUCGUCGUGGAUUAAAUUUCGUGAGCUUGUAGAGCGUGAGUUCGUGCCCUUCAUCUAUGAUACAAUUGUUUAUCAGCAGCUGCAGAAUUUACGACAGGGGACUCGCUCAGUAAAUGACUACACGAUGCAGUUUCGUCGGCUUUUGACUCGUGUCGCUUUGCGUGAGACAAAAAACCAAUUGGUGGCACGUUAUGUCGGUGGAUUACGUGCAGGGAUUCGCGAGACGUUGAAUAUGUUUCGACCAGAGUCGGCGUCGGAUGCUCACCAACGAGCUCUCCUUGUCGAGCUGCAGUUUGCACAAAAGGCGGGCCCGUCGUUUCCUUCUUCUUCGCGUACGGGUGUGUUCACGGGUUCGGCACCACCAGCCCCGCGCUCGAAUCCUACAACAGCGGGCGGUGUCGGUCAGGUGUUCGGGCGCUUGCCGGCGUUCGGCGACGGGGCCCAGCGAGCAGCAGGGAUGGGCGAACAGCAGUCGUCGGCGGCAACUUCACGUGGCGUUGCGGGUCAUCGCUGCUUCGGCUGCGGCGAGCCGGGACACCGCCAAGCGGUCUGCCCAAAAAUUUCCGGUACGCGGGCUUUAUUUGCGGACGAGGCCGGAGAGUUUGGGACUGCCGAGGGCUACGAGGGUCCUCCGGAUUUUGAUGCCGAGGCAGGUGAC